AGUGAUAGUAUGUGUGUGUGUGUGUGUGCUUGGGUAUGGGAGAGAACGGUUCACUACGACCGACUGUGUAUUAACUGUGAACGCUUUUGUUAGUCUGUUGCGCGUUCGACGAAGAAGACGACGAUAACCAUUUAUUUGUGUCGGUUAUUUCGCGCGCGCGGGUUCUGUUUCAACAUAUCUUCAAAUCGGGGUAAAUUGACAGCAAGGGAAGUUUGUGUAUGUGACCGGUUUAAUAGAAAAAUUACAUCGCAAGGAUUUAUCGAUUUUAAAAAGAAAAAAAUUGGAAUAACGUUCAGUGAAAUUAAUUGAAGAAUUCAAACGUCCUCAUGAAUGUCACCUGAAGAAAUAUUGCAAAUUCUUCUUGAAGCUCAAUAAUGUGAAGAAUUAGUUAGGCUAAUGGAGGAGGAGGACGAGAGAGGCCCCGAAGAGGGUCACCUCUUAGUCAGGAUUCACGUCCCUGAACUCAACGUCCAAAAAUGCCUCCAAUUUCCUAGGGACCAACUCGUCUGGGACGUUAAGCAGCAAUGCCUAGCGGCGUUACCCAAGGUGUCCACUUGGUAUAGGGAGCUAAAAGAAAGCUUCAACUAUGGUUUAUUUUCUCCUCCGGAUAACGGAAGAGCUGGUAAAUUUCUGGAUGAAGAGAGACGUCUUGGGGACUACCCUUUUAACGGUCCUGUUGGUUAUUUAGAGUUGAAGUAUAAAAGAAGGGUGUAUAAAAUGAUGUCACUCGACGAAAAACAAUUGAAAAGUCUACAUACAAGGGCCAAUCUUCGGCGAUUCAUAGACUACGUACAAAACGGACAAGUGGAAAAAAUUACUAAAAUUUGCUCCAAAGGCCUAGAUCCUAACUUUCACUGCCAAGAAACAGGUGAAACGCCAUUAACUAUGGCAACGGGCAUAAAAAAACCGGCGAAAGUAUUAAUGGCAUUAGUGAAUGGUGGUGCUUUAUUGGACUACCGAAAAAAAGACGGUUCGACAGCCUUACAUCGAGCCGUAGAACAUCGAAGCUUAGAAGCCUUAAAAACCUUGUUAGAAUUAGGGGCGUCUCCUAAUUAUAAGGACAAUAAAGGACUAACUCCGCUUUAUUAUACAAUAAGUCUCAACGUAGACCCAACUUUCACCGAAACUUUAUUACACGAUCACGCUACAACGGGCGCUCAGGACGCUCAAGGCUGGCACGAAGUGCACCAAGCUUGUAGAACGGGUCUUCUAUCCCAUUUAGAACACCUUCUGUUCUACGGAGCGGACAUGAAUGCCAAAAACGCUUCUGGUAAUACUCCUUUACACGUUUGCGCAGUAAAUUGUCAAGAAUCCUGCGCUAGAUUGUUACUAUUCCGCGGCGCUGAUAGACAAGCUUUGAAUUUCGCCAAUCAAACUCCUUGUCAAGUCGCCGUCAUCGCCGGUAAUAUGGACCUAGCGGAUAUCAUCCAAAAUUAUAAACAAGAAGAUGUCGUCCCUUUUCGCGGCCCACCUAGUUAUAAUCCGAAGCGUAGAUCCGCGAUUGGUUGGCUGAACAGGGCACCGUCCAUGAGUACCCUUGCCCUACCUCCAAGUCCUUGUCCUAGUGACAGAUCCUCAGCACCUUUCAGUUCGGCCAGUUCGAGUCUUUCGGAAGGAAGCGCACUACCGGGACACGAAACAGACACCGCUAGCAUCGUGACAGUGUUCGCACUGGGUGUUGCAGAUAAAAGUCUCGGAGAUACCAGCGACAUCAUCAGCGAUAGCUCCGGAGUAGGCACCGCCAAUUCCGAUACCACCAAUUGCACCAUAUGGAUGCCUGGUAGUACUGUGGUUUGUAUCGAAUCGUAUUCGUCGAAGGAAGAAGGACAUAUUAAUAUAAGGGAAGGAGAUAUUAUAGAGGUUCUUGCUGCAACCGAUGAUGGUUAUUUGGAAGGAAAGACGAAAAGCGGCGGAGGACGAACGGGUUAUUUUCCCGCGGCUUGCGUUCAAGAAGUCCGAUUGCGUCAUCAUAAUAUACAGGCUACCAUGAUAGUGGCUAAAGAUCCCAGACCGCCGAGUCAGACUUCUAGUAGAGUAUUGGGAAGAAGAGAGAGUACUUCGAAACAUUUUGCUACAGCUCCAAGGGCUACCAAAAAAACUUACUCACAUCUUCCUGCCGAACCGCGUACAGUGGUCCUGCACAAAGGUAGAAAAGGUUUCGGUUUUAUUUUAAGAGGAGCUAAGGCUACAUCGACUCUAAUGGAUCUGACUCCUUCUGAAACUUGUCCUGCUCUACAAUAUCUCGAUGACGUCGAUCCCGGGGGUGUUGCAGAUAUAGCGGGGUUGAAGAAAGGGGAUUUCCUAUUGGAAAUAAAUAACGAAGACGUUUCUUCUGCUUCACACGAACACGUAGUCGAUUUGAUAAGAAAAUCUGGUGACCUGGUGCAAAUGACGGUGAUGUCGAUGGGACCUCCAACUUGCGGUGGUUUACCUUUGAGCAAAUCUACGAUUUUACCAGGAGGAGCUGGCGCGGUACCUUUGGGUAGACAAUUCGCUACUUUACCAAGGAAAGCGAUCAACUAUUCCGGUACGUUGGGUAGGUCGACGCAAGCGCCUUUACCGCCUCGAAGAGAUCCCAAAACGACUCUAAGCGUUGGAAGAGCCAGAGCCAAAAGUAUGGUUGCGGGCUUAGGAGGAGAAAAAGACGAGACUGAUGAUAUAACUAAAUCAAGUUCCGCCGAGUCGAUUCACCAAUCGACUCCCGGAGGAACUUGUACUUCAACGCCAGUUCAACCACGAACGGCGUCUAUAAGACAGCGACCUUCUUCGGCUAGUCUUAAAAAUUCCGUGUUAGAAGAAUUGUUUCAAAAACAAAGAGACGGCGACGCCGUGAGUCAGUGCUCAUUGAUGACCAGCUCGAGAUUUCUUAGCUCGAACGCUUCCGGAUCGCCCAGCAAAGGAAGGGUGUACGCCAGCGUCGCAGAGAUGAAGAGAAGUAAAAGUAAAAACCCAAAAACGAAAUUCGUCGAAUUAUUCGCCGGCGGAAAAGAAUUGAAACGAAAUUUUCACAGUACCCCCGAUUUGGUUCAAGAAAUGGCGUAUAAUUCACAAACAUUACCGAAUAAAUUCCAUCGUAGUCAAGAAGAUAUUUCUUCUUUAUUGGGCAAUCGAAGUUUACCGCCUCCUAGUCAUCCUCCGCCGCCGAUACCAUCACAAGUGCAAUUAGUCAAGGUGGAUAUUUCGAGGAGCAAACACGCCGAAUAUGAUCAUUUAAAUAGGGAUAUCCCCGACGAAGGUAUUGUGUCUUCGUUUAAUCCUACGGCGAACGCUAAAUUGUACGCUUCUCCGGAAGAUAUGAAAACCGUUGGUUACAGAUCUAAAAGUUUGCCUUCCCAUGUUGCCAAGACGCAAUUGAGGAAAUCUCAAAGUAUGCGAGCGAAUAAUACAUUCAAACCCACAAAUAACUCAUCUAAUGAAACUCAAGUUAAUAAUAACCCUUACGCACAGCCCAUUAGGGCCUCGAGGUCACAUUCAACCGGAUCUAGAGAACGUAGAAAAAAGACAGUAUCCAAUAAAUCGAAUACUAAAUCGUCAGUAUUACCCGGAGCACCUCCCAUACCGGAACCUGACUAUAGUUGUAGCGAUUCCGAUGGAGAAAGCGAUAGUAUACCAAGGAAAUGUGACAGUUUGGCUAGUCGAAUCAAUAAUGUACAAUUACAAGCUACUGAAAAUAGCGGAAACAGUAACGCAAGUGGUAGUUCUUCCGGUAGCAGCUCCGUUCCUCAUAGUUUCAGCGUCGAAGAAAUCCAACGAGGACGAUCCUUAUUGAAAUCUUCUAAAUCUUAUCCGGACGAACUAUUGAAGAAACAAAAAGACGCCGAUGUCGCGGACGCAGAUGGCGAUAACAGUUCUUCCGGUGUUAGUUCCGAUCAAGAAAUUACGCCAUGCGGUAAUCCCGACAUCACCGAUUCUAACAGCAUCAUUCCUCCCGCCAAAAAUCAACGACCACAAAUAGGUAUGUCUAAGCGACACGCGGUUUCUUUGGCUCAACUGCCGCCACCUAUAGAAAACGAAACUGACGAAAAAGAAGAAUUCUGUUUACCGCCGCCGCCGGAAUUCGGUGAAAACAAUCCGAAUUUUAGUGAGGUGGUAGUGGCGCCGCCGCCGCAAUUCAGUGAUAACCGACAAGUAACUAGAGUUAGAAUAGUAGGCGCCGUACCAAAGGGCACAUUGGCCGUUAACGCGCAACCGAAAUUGAAACAGAACCGACUGCAUAGUCAGUGAACGAUGAAGGCUGACAUUUAAAACACAUCAAUGUCGAGGGUUUUUUUUUAUAUUAAAACACUUUUUUACUAGCAUUUAAUACUCAAUUUUUGAUAUUCGAUAACGAACAAAUUUCCAGCAAGCUUUAUAGAAAAAUAUUCCUUAUUCAUAUAUCGGUUAAUUGACUUAUAAUCAGUAAAUCUUUACUUAAUCCUGGAUCCUUUUUACCUUUUCAGGUGUAGGGUAUACUAGAGUUGAGGGAUUAUGUGGAUUCCCUCUUCAACGGCAGUUAAAUUCUUUCCUAUCCUGUGUCUUUUAUUUCAUUUCCCCUUUUUAUUCCUAGAGUUGAUCCCGCCAUCGUAUUUUCUCCUGUUCAGUGUCUUUUGUUGUAUUUCCCGCCUUUUUAUUCCUCGAUUUGACCAAGCCACCUUAUUUUCUUCUGUCCAGCUUUCCAUCAACGUUUCUAUCCAUCUCUUCCAACAAAAGUUCAUUGAGAUUGAGAUCCGGAUUCUAAAGAACUUUGUUUAUUGACACCCUUUUUUCGCUAUUUUCCAUAACAUUAUCUGGUUCAAUAGGAGGUUGCUGCUUCAUAUCCGGCUCGAAGGACCAGAGCGUCCAGUAUAAAUGGUUCUAACAAUUCUAACAGUUGCCAAACCGUGUUUAUUUACAUCCGUUGUGCUCCUUUCCUUUUGAAAUAUCCUCUGUAUAAACUGGAACUAUGCUUGGAAUCAUUGCAUUGUUUCUUCUCGAUUUUUCUUCAGUGUCAUCUGUACCUUCUUUAUUAAACUUUACACUCAAAUAUCUAUAGCUACCACAUUUUUCUGCUAUUUUUGAGAACAUCUGAUCUGGACCUUCGAGCCUUCAAUAGGAGGUUGCUGGUUCAUAGCCGGUUCGAAGGACCAGUAAAAAUGAUUCCAAAAUUUCCUAUUUGCAAUAAUUGAAGUUAAAAAAAGUGAUGAGAACUAUAAACUACAAAAUAUGCUGCAGGAUAUGAAAUUUAGUAAUAAUUUAAACAAGAUAAGUUGACAAUAUAUUAUUGGAGAAUUUUCUAUAAAGUUUGCAAUACUUAGUUACUACCUAGAUAAUCAUUUAUCUUAUAUAAUGUAGUAUCUAAUACCUGAGUUUGUACCGGUAGACACUACUCAGUAUUAACUGCAUAGCCAGCUUCAAAAUAUCUCUUUUAUAAUCACAGAUAUUGAAAUAUUUUUAUUUCCAAAUUAUUCUACCAUGUCAGUGUUAAGAAUUGAUUUUCCCACUAUUAUCCGUUAUAUUUCGAUUAGAAAUGCAAAAUGAAAAAAUUCAAUACAUUUCGACAAAUCUACAUCAAAGAAAAUUUGUUUUUUUUUUAUCUCCUAUUUCAUAUUUGACUGCCAACUACAAAAUAACUUGUAAUUACCCUCCCUAAAGAGAUUUUGCGUGUAAUUACACUCCCUGAAGAGAUUUUGCAUUCUCUAUACCUUUUGGUGAAAACGUUGUAUUCACAUUAGAAUUUUUAAUGAUACAAUACGAUUAAAUAAAAUUGUGAAAAUUGCCUUGGCAGUCGACGUGUUAAAAUUUCAACCCAAUGGAAAUAUUUGCACUUCUAUGAAUCAAAUGUCUGUUUUAUUAAUAAAAUCGCUCAUAAUUCGAUAUUUUAUCCUAUUCAACUGGCUAAUAAAGUUGUAAAAUACUUUUUAAAUUUUGAUUUCGUCUAAUUAAGUCUUUGAUAACUUUUAUAUUUAAACAAACAUUCCGUCAUUUACCUAUAUUAUAUUAUUCAUCCUGCCAAAAUAUAUAUUAUUAGAAAUGAUAUUUUUUGAAUAAUCGAGGUAUUCGUAUAUAAUAUUGUUGUUGGUUACUGUAAUUAUUGUGAUUGUAUUUGAUUUAAAAAAAAUAUUAAAACAGUUGGUACUGUCAUUAUAAUCGGUAAAGUAAAAUUCAAAAAAACUUAAUUUAUCGUAUUACAAUUUGAUUUUAUUUCAUUCUUAUGAGUAGUUAGAGGUACCUAACUUCAAAAUAAUUUAUCGAUUUACCUUAUUUUGAUCUCCCUUUUUUAUUCGAACUUAAUUUGUUUACUACAUAAAUAUUCUUUACUACUCCAUAUUUAUGUGUACAAGUUGUCAACUGUCACUUUCCGUCAUUUUCUUCUUUUAUUCUCCGACUUUUUCUUAACUCAACCACAGUUACCGCUUUUUUCUCACUCAGAGUUCAUUUUUUUCAGUAUCAUUAGAAUGUUUAAAAAAAUUAACAUUCGUAUGACUCGUUUUUUUUAUUUUGUGAUGUAAUAUUCAAUUUUUUAAUACGUAAACAUGUUAUAUUUAAUGAUAUUCUUGUACAAGUUGUCACCUGUCAUUUUCUUCUUAUUGUCGGACCUUUGCUUAACUCAAUCACACUGAAUGCUUUUCUCUUAUUUAUUAAAUCACUCUGAGUUUAUUCUUUUUCAGUAUCAAUGAAAUGUUUAAAGAAAUUAGCAUCUGUUUGAUUAGGUUUUCUAUUUCGUGAUGUAAUAUUUAAUUCUAUAAUACAUAAACGUGCUUUAUUCAAUAUUUUUGUAUAAGUUGUCAACUGUCACUUUCUUCUUUCUUAUUGUCGACCCUUGGAUGAACUACAAUUAUCGCUUUUCUCCUAUUUCCAAUCUCAUAACUUAUUAUUUUUUAGUAUCAGUUUUUUCGGUACAUUAUUUGUUUGUUUCUUAUCUAAAAUUUCUUAUCACAGUUAUAUUUGAAAAAAAAAUUGAAAAAUCAUUAGUUUUAUCAAAAAACUUUAUUUAACGUAUUAAAUAGACUUAAAGUCUUCUUCUUUUUAACUUUCUUUAUUGAGUCAAAAUCGGUUAAUGCCUAUUUAACAAUGGUCGCUGUGGGGCAUACAAAAGCUGUUGUCGUUUCUGUGUGGUUUGUGAAGUUAUUUGUUGGAUUUUAUACAUUAUUAUACCCUGUUUUAUUUCGAAAUACGUUCUUAAAGAGAUGCUAUUUAAAGGAAUGCGAAAUUCCUACCGGAAACGUGGUUAGGUCUGAAAAGCUAGGAAAAUGGUGGAAAAUGAGCAGAAUUCAGACUAAAGCUCUUUCAUCUGAUGAAAAAGAGUUUGUCCUUGUACUUUUCAGCUGUCACUUGAUAAAUUUUGGGAAUCGCUUGAAAGCUUAUUCGCAGACUGAUUGACAAAACUGCAAAAAUAGUCAGCUUCUGCUGAAUUAAUUUCGCUGAAACAGAUCUAAUACUAUAAAACAAAAAACAAUGCAAAACAAUCCUCGUAACAGAAAAAAAAACAAAAAAGCUAACCCAGGUACAGGUUUUUUACCCCACGGUGGCCAUUUUGACGUAGAUCAGCUUACUAAGACAAACCCCGAGAAGGUGUGGCAACCAUCCACAAGGCUUUUAGCCACCGGUAUGAUAUAGAAAAUAAUCCUUGGGCUAUUCUAUACCUUCUGUGAAAAUUCGAUUAAAUAAAUGCCACAAACCAUUAAAAACUUAUGGCAAAUGUAUUUGUUUACCCCACGGCUGUCAUUUUCAAAAUGAGCAUCAGCUGAUUUUGACAAUUGCUUAAUAAAUUGAACAUACUCAUAUAUCGUGAAGUUAGCAAUGCAUUAUUAUGGUUUUUAUGAAUUUUAUGAUACCGAUUACAUUAUUUAUCACAACUGAGUGCCACUCGAAAUGGAUUCCCUUCAUUUUGUUUAUAAUGGUAUGUUUUAUCUACUAUUGUGUUAUUUGUUUUUGUAAGAUAUGCUCAAAUAUUGCCUAUUCAUCGAUUUAAAAAAAAAUAAUAGGUUACAAUUGUAAAUAUAUGGGGUUACAGUUACUGUAUGACUAUUUUUUGUGCAGUAACUAUCGUUUCGUUUCUGUUGGAACUACUGUCGAAUUAGACUCUGGAUUUUUGCUUUUCUAACAUCUCAAUUGUAAUUGUUUGAGCCUUGAAUUUUCUAAAUGUUCGAAGGACCAUCAAACUAUGAAAUUAUUAUUAACAAUAGCUGCUUUCCAUUUACAUUCAAGUGAACUAAGACACUCAAUUAUGUGAGUAUCUUAUUCUCAGAUUAAGGCGUCACUACUCAGUAAAUGAAAGGAAUGAAAACCACAAAAAAUUCACUAUCAUCAUCGGUGAUACAACCGCGGUACACAGAAUCACUGUGACGUUCAUAAAUGUCAAAAAUAAUUCAAUUGGUUAAGAAAACUGUAAUAACGCACACAAUUUUCGCGCUUGUACGCGCUCUCUACGCCUAAAUUAACUUUUUACGCGCUGAUCGUCAAAAACAUAACCUCACUUUUCUAGUGUAGUUUCUAGUUGCAGAUACCCUAAAAAAUGACUUCUACGAGUGAAAACUGAUGGAAUUUGUACGUGCUCAUGAGUGUUCAUAUAACAAACAGUCGGCUAGAUACAAGAAAACUAAAAUUUGGAAUAUAGGAAAUCAUUUUCCCGUUUGAAAAUUCCAUGAUAAGAACGAGUUAUUAACUUCUCGAUCUAAUCGUAAUUAUGUUUGGUCGAGUCACUCAAUGAGUUUGAAAGUUGAUCAUAUAAACUCUGAUUUAUUUAUCAAAAAAUCGUCCGGAUGUAUUUCGUUGAUUUUAAAAUAUGUUGUAGUAAAGUAACUGUUGAUAUUUCUAUUCAAAAUGGGUCUCACCAACAAACGCCGUGUCAAAUGUCGCAAAUUUCCUUAUAUACAUGCACAAUUGAGGUUAUGUUGUCAUUCUGUACACCGCUUUACUGUCCAAAAUCGUUUUAAUGCAAGCAACCUUCCAAUUAGACAGCUCCAUGUUUAAUGGUUAGAUCCGAUUUACACUGUGAAUAAUUAAUGACAAUUGACAAUUGACAUAUGUUAAUUGUUGAUCACCGUUCAAAUUUCUUUAUAUAUACGCACUUUUAAGGUUAUGUUUACGAGUGAAUCUGAGUUCACAAAACUCACUAAAACACACGGUCUCAAGCUUAUACAGAUCGCUGGUAAAAAGUCAGUUACAUUUCAGUUGUGAGACGUGCAUUCAACCGAGUUGUGACGUCUCAAGUGAGUUUUGAUUUAAAUGAAAAAAAUAUUUCAAUCGGAAUUAUCAAAAGUUCGAUGUCAAAUGUCAAUUGUCACUAAUUAUUCAUAAUCUAACCUUAAAACACAGAGCAUGCAUUAAAACGGUUGCGGAUGGUAAAGCGGUGUGCAGAAUGACGCUAAUAAACAUAACCUCCAAGUAUAUGAAGAAAUUUACUACAUUUGACUCGGCGUUGGUUGGUAAGACCCAUUUUGAAUAGAAAUAUCAACAGAUGCUUUACUACAAUAGAUUUUAAAAUGAACAAAAAGGAUCCAGACGAAUUUUUUAAACAUAGAUGAAUGAAUCGGGGUUUAUAUGAUAAACUCAUUGAGUAGAGACUCAACGAAACAUGAUUACGAUUAGAUCAGGAAGUUAAUCACUCGUUCUUAUCAUGGAAUUUUCAAACGGGAAAACGAUUUCCUAUAUUCCAAAUUUUAGUUUUCUUGUAUCUAGCCGACUGUUUGUUAUAUGAACACUCACGAGCACGUACAAAUUCCAUCAGUUUUUCACACGUAGAAGUCAUUUUUCAGGGUAUCUGCAACUAUAAACUACACUAGAAAAGUGAGGUUAUGUUAUGUAAAAAGUUAACUUCGACGUCGAGAGCGCGUACAAGCGCGAACAUUGUGUGCCUUAUUACAGUUUUCUAACAAUUUGAACUUCAAAUGUAGCUAUCGAAAUCAAAAGUUGAAAACCUGAGUCUAAUAAUUACAAUCGACUAGAUCUAUCAGAAAUAUUGAGGUUAAUAGAAUUUUUUUCAUGUAUAUAUUAUUUCUGAACCUAUUUAUUUCACCAUUUAUUAGUAUAUAAACAGUGCACAUAUUGGAAUACACUAGUUGUUGAAACAGUUCACUUAACAGAAUCUCAAAUGGUUGUUUUUUUUUAUUAAUAAAUGCUAUGUCUUAAGCUAAA